CUGUAAGAGGAUGGCGUAUUAGCCAAUCCAGACUGGAAGCUGACAGCCAGUCAUUGUACACGAGGCGGGGUUUGUCGGAAUACGGGGCUGAAAUAAGUCGUGCUUGUUGGAGUGAGUCAGUUUGAAAGCUAGAUGUACGCGGUGAUUAAUCAGUUCAUAGAGAGUUCUAGUAAAAGAGAAAGGAACGAGACAUCGUUGCUUUACAGGAAGCUGCACGGGUUUGUUUCAGUAGCUAACACUGUUUGCCAGGCUGGUUGAGGAAUCAGGGGAUUUUCCACAGCUUGUUAGGAUCUGGAGUCAGAGCGCACAGCCAGACAUUAUAUUGCACCUUUGGAGCAGACAGGAUUACCACCAACCUUCUGUUCAGAACCGCAGAGCCCUAAUCUACUGAGCUACCACUGCCUCGCUCUGUGCUAUGGCGAUCCUUUUCGCUGUCGUAGCUCGUGGAACCACCAUACUUGCCAAACAUGCCUGGUGUGGAGGGAACUUUCUUGAGGUGACAGAACAGAUUUUGGCAAAGAUUCCAUCGGAAAACAACAAAUUAACCUACUCGCAUGGCAUCUAUCUUUUCCACUACAUCUGUCAUGACCGAAUUAUCUAUUUAUGCAUCACAGAUGACGACUUUGAGAGGUCGCGUGCAUUCAGUUUCCUUAAUGAAGUCAAGAAACGGUUCCAGACCACGUAUGGCUCUCGGGCUCAGACCGCUUUACCCUAUGCCAUGAACAGCGAGUUCUCCAGCACUCUUGCUGCACAAAUGAAACACCACUCAGAUCCCAGAAGCUCAGAUCGGUUGACAGAGACACAAAUGCAGGUGGAUGACUUAAAAGGCAUUAUGGUCCGGAAUAUUGAUCUUGUGGCGCAGAGAGGAGAGAAGCUGGAACUUCUUAUUGACAAGACUGAGAACUUGGUGGAUUCAUCUGUGACCUUCAAGACAACGAGUCGCAACCUAGCUCGCGCCAUGUGUAUGAAGAACCUGAAAUUAAUGAUCAUCAUCAUAAUUGUAGCACUCGUGGUCCUGUUCAUCAUCAUAACAGCGGCGUGUGGAGGCGUGACUUGGCCCAACUGCCGGAGCAAGUAGCAGUCAAAACUGAAGCGUCCUCCUUCCUGCUGCUUGACUUGGAAGGGAUAAACUACUCACCCAAGACCAUUAUGCCAUCUGUACAUUUGUCAGGUGUUCCUGAUCUGUCUUCUGUUUAGCCUGGCUCUCUCAGCUGCAGGCGUCUUAACAAUGACUAUGUAGCUUUACACACACAGGACUCAGGAGAGCCUGGAAAUUAAACACCCUCUCUCUAAAUCCUUCAUCUUACUCCAGGAUUUCCUGUAUGUCCUGAUCGAUUCAGUGAAUGUAUGUAAGUGUGAUACCUUUCUGGAACAUUUUCUUUUAUCAGACUAUGUAAAGCAGAUACGUUCUUACAUGAAAUCUUGGUUAACAAGGCACAUUUUUAUGGCACACAUUUGUGCAAAAUCAACACACUGUGGUGAACGGUUGAUUUCUUUUUCUUUUUUUUUCAAGUUCACCACACACCAGUUCAUUAAUCACAACUAACUACUCAACAACUUAAUACAGACAACAUUGUUCAAAAUUCAUCUGGUUUAAUAAUAAUCAAUGAUGUUUGGAAUAAUAUGAAUAUCUAGGUGACAAUACACUUUAUUAUGACCAAUAUGAUAUAUGUAGUGAAUGAAAUGUAAGAUGGCAUUAGUGUUAUUAGUAAGAAAGUCAAACAACAAUAAUCAUCAUUAAGUGUGUAAAGCUCAACGAUGCAGGUUCACAGUUAUUCUCUUUAGGGAGAUACAUAACUGAUGUACAGGGCUAGUGUGGUUGGAAGUGCCACUUGUUUCUUUUUAAGAGCAAAUUAUAAUUCAGAAGCACACUUUUAUUCACGUAAUACAAUACAAUUAGUGUGCAGAGCCAUAAAUACUGUCACUGUUGUACAGGCCAUGUACUUUUUUUAUGUGUACAUAGACAUUUAUUCCAUAUAUUCUUCUCUUAUCUCCAGUAACACUGGCUCGAUGAUUUCUCUAAACUGAGUUUCUCAAACCUUUAGGUCAGAGUUUACAGUUCCACUUUGAUCAAACCGGAUCUGUAGCAUAUGUGUAAUAACCUUGUAUUUUUAUUUCUGGUAGAAGUGAUUUACAUUAUUACACAGUAAUUACACUUCACUUGAGUUCAGAAAAGUAUUUCCCACAAUUCUAUUAUGUACAUGCCUUCGACUCAUAUUGAGCCCAACUGCAGAUGUACAGUUAAUAUAAAAGAUGCACUGGUGAGUUGAAGGAGAUUUCUCCCUGGUUGAUUGUUACAUGUGUCAAUUGGUUUUUUGUUCAUCCACAAUGCACUUUUUUGUUUGCUUUUUGCCAUACCAAUGUAAUUAUUAUAAUGCCAGGAAUCAUGUAAUUAUUUAAUUCAUCACAUUUAAGAAAAUAAAGUUCUAUCUUAAA